UUUCUGAAACUUUCUGCUCACCUGUGUUGGGUAACGAUCGAACUUACGGCUUUAAAAUGAGUAGCCACGCCAAACUCAUGGAAGAACUAGAAUUCCCAUAUUGUGAAAAUGCCAGCGAGAAAUAUGAAAAACUCACUAAGAUUGGACAGGGAACGUUUGGUGAAGUUUUUAAGGCAAGAGAUAGAAAAACAAAAAGAAUUGUGGCCAUGAAGAAAGUUCUGAUGGAAAAUGAAAAAGAAGGGUUUCCCAUCACAGCGUUAAGAGAGAUUAGAAUCCUUCAACUUCUCAAUCAUGAAAAUGUUGUAAAAUUAAUAGAAAUAUGUCGUAGUCGAGCAGGACCAUACAACCGUUUUAAGAGCACAUUCUACCUCAUCUUUGAGUUUUGUGAACAUGAUUUGGCAGGUUUGUUGAGUAACGCCAACGUCAAGUUUACAUUAGGAGAUAUAAAACGUGUGAUGCAGCAGCUAUUAAAUGGUUUGUAUUUUAUACAUACAAAUAAAAUUCUACAUCGGGACAUGAAAGCUGCCAAUGUGCUGAUAACCAAAAAUGGAGUUCUCAAACUUGCUGAUUUCGGUCUAGCUCGAGCCUACAGCAGCUUGAAUCAGAAAGGAGGUCCACCACGAUAUACGAAUCGUGUUGUCACAUUGUGGUAUCGUCCACCUGAAUUGUUGCUAGGGGAGAGGAGUUACGGGCCAUCGAUUGACGUGUGGGGCGCUGGAUGUAUAAUGGCGGAGAUGUGGACACGAAGCCCCAUAAUGCAAGGUAACACAGAACAACACCAGAUCACGUUAAUUAGUCAACUAUGUGGAUCAAUAUGUCCGGAAGUGUGGCCCGACUGUGAUAAACUUGACCUAUACGAUAAAUUAGAAGUUCCAAAGGGUAUGAAGCGUAAAGUGAAAGAGAGGUUAAAACCCUACGUCAAAGACCAAUUUGCGUUAGAUCUCCUCGAUAAAAUGCUACAAAUUGAUCCCUUGAAGCGUGUCGAUUGUGAUACAGCGCUUAAUCACGAUUUUUUCUGGGAAGAUCCGUCACCGUCUGACUUGUCUAUCAUGUUAUCUCGACACAAUCAAUCUAUGUUUGAAUAUCUGGCGCCACCUAGGAGACGCGGACAUGUUCCUCAACCUCAACAGGCUAGACCCCCAACAGACCAACAUUUUGAACGAGUAUUUUAACAUUAGGAAUACACAGCAAGUGUCAGCCAAAUGGGCAUUAUAUACUUUAUUUUUCUAGCUAUUAUUUCUUAUUGACAAUACUAGAGUUAUCUGUUCUUGCUUUUGUAUGUCAGUGAAGGGGGCAUUAUACUAUAAUUAUAUACCUCGGCGAUACAUCAGGCUAUUAUUACCACAGUUGUCUCUUCUUAUCUUUUGGCUUUCGGUUCAAUAUUUACAGAUUCAUGGUUUUCUCCAGAAUCGCUGAAUGGAUUUCAGUCAGAUUUUGGAGAAAUAUGUAUUUGUUUAUAUUUCUAGGACAGGGGGUUGAUUAUAUCUCUAGGACCGCCGGGGUAGGGGUAUAUUUGUUUAGGGUAUUGGUAUAUUAAUUGGUCAAGUUGUCCAACAAAUCACAAGAAAUGCCAUUUUGCCAAGUGACAUGGUUUCAUUCCUCCCUCUCUCUUGAUAGGUUUGUUUUUCUCAAAUGAUUAAUUAAUGUUAUUAUGACUGUUUAUUCAUACCAAAUGAUUAAUUAAUGUUAUUAUGACUGUUUAUUCAUACCAAAUGAUUAAUUAAUGUUAUUAUGACUGUUGAAUGCCUUGUCUACUUUAUACCAAAUCAACAUCUGUGCAAUGAUAAAAAUGUCUGUAUUUAAAGUUGGAUUAAUUCAUGUAUUUAUUGUUGGUUAUAUUCAUGUCAGAUGUGUAGGAGUAUGUGUGUGUUACAGAAUAUUAUAUGGGUAUUACAUCAUAUUAUGUGUGUAUUACGUCAUAUUAUGUGUGUAUUAUGUCAGAUUAUAUGUGUAUUACAUCAUUAUGUGUGUAUUACGUCGUAGUAUAUGUGUAUAACAUCAUAUUAUGUGUGUAUUACGUGAUAUAUUAUGUGUAUUACAUCAUAUUAUUUGUGUAUUAUGUCAUAUUAUAUGUGUGUGUAUUACGUCAUAGUGUGUAUUACAUCAUAUGUGUAGUAAUACACGUGUAUUACAUCAGAUGUAAAUGACUUCCAAGUUCAAUUUUUUCUUUGUGGUCUGUUUGUACUGAGUGGACAAGAGCCCAUACAGACAGACAAACCGAAUAUUUAUUUUUAUGCGUUUUUUACAAUUUAUGUUAUUGGUGCUUAAAAAUAUGGGAAGAAUUACUAACUAGGGAAUAAUUUAUUACUUUGAUCAAUGCAUUCCAUAAAAGGGAGUUGUCCCAGAUAUAUUUCAGGGAAUCAAACAGAUAGAUUCUGUGUGGAAAACUGUAUCAAAAUCCUGAACCACUGUGUGGAUUUCGAUGGAACCUCUUUGCAUCAAUACAAACUUAUGGUCCCCAUAUGUUUUUUGUGGUAAAGUCCCAAUAUUCAAGUAUCUGGAUAAGCCAAGUUUAGAAAAAGUAAACGAUGGCUUUAAGUGAUGGUUUCGAUUACCUAUUGAGUUACUUAAUUAUUUGAUUUAUUGCUUCAAAUUUUUGCAUUUUUGGUAGACAUAUCUUGUAAAAUUAAAAACACUUAUAUGGAUAUACUACUUCUGAAUUUAUUAACAUGAAUAUUUAUGUUUAUAAUGAAAUGAAAUGCUGUUUAACGUCCUACUGUUCUGCUCCAAACUGGGCUAAUGAAGACAGGCUAUGAGAAAAUUUUGCCUGGACAGCGGCACUACGGCCUACUCUUAUAUUGAAUUCCAACUGUCAAGGGAUCUUUUACGUGCACGCCAAUGUGUACACAAGACCAUCUGUACCAUCUGAACGACUAGACAGCUGUCCUUCCUGCAUCACUGUUUAUAAUGAACACUAUUGAAACAUUGUAUCUUAUAUGAGGCUGAUAUCAUGUAUAUUCACUGUUGGUUAUUUUGUUACUACCCAAUAGACAUUGGGAAUAUAUCAUAAAUCAAGGGCUUUCACUCCUAAUACCACAAAACAGUCCAGCCAGAAGUGAAUCUGUGACACAUAACCAGUUCUGUCAUUAGCUUUUUGGUGCUAGAAGCGACCAUGUGCCAGAUAUCCACUUCUGGCCAAAACAGUUUUAUGUUGGUGGGCUUUAAUUAAGAUGGGAAAAAUUGAAGAUAUUCACUGCUGGUUCUGAGCCCUUGGUAUAUUUCGAUCAUGGUUCAUUGCCCCAAGGGAGUGUGGAUGGUCGAAUGGUUAGCACAUGCGCACUGUAUCAUAAGGCCUGGCAUUGAGUCAACUGGCGUGGUUUCGAAUCCCGGUUGUAUGCGACAAGUAGUAGGGUUGCCUGUCCAAUCUCGUGGGUUUUCUCCGGGUCCUCCGGUUUCAUCCCACUGCUAAAGACCCCUACGCGCAAGUGAAUUAUUGAAAUAAAAAAUUAAACCAUAUGUUAGUCCCGAAAUGACCUAGUUUGUGUCAAGUGGACAUUAAACCCCAUUUCACUCUCUCUCAUUGCCCCAAAUUUGAGACAGUUCCCUAAAACUAUGCAAUACCUUUGACUAAUAAGGACAAUAUCUAUAAAACAUAGUCUUUAUCACCCGGUGUUGGGGUCUUUAUCACCCAGUGUUGGGGUCUUUAUCACCCGGUGUUGGGGUCUUUAUCACCAGGUGUCGGGGUCUUUAUCAGUUUGUAACUUAAUUGUUUUUUUUAAAUUCGAUGUGAAGCAUUAGAACAAUGAGAUGAUGGUUUCCGUCCAUCCCUUGCGGAAUGUGGGCGUAUCUUGCAUGGCAAUCACUUGUUGUUAUAAUGAUGAGUGUUAGUAUAUUAUAAAUGCUUUGUGUUAUGAUUUAUAUUCAGUUAUUAGGGUGGUCAAUUCACCAUUUACAUGUUAUUGAGGUUUUAUGUAAGGGAAGGGAAAGUAACUCUUCUGACCAGAAUCAAACCAAAUUGCGAUUUAUGUAAAAGGCAGUAAAUCUUUAUGACUAGCUUCAAACCAAAUUAAGGUUAAUAUGAGGUUAGGUGAAUGAUUAGCCGUUUAAUUCCAGUGGACUCCUAGUAAUAUUUAUUCUGUUUGUGAAUGGUGUUAAUUUUGUUGGUAGGGGUGAUGUACAUGUAGCUAAUGAAAAUGUUUCUUAUAUUCGGGUUUACACACCAAUUUCUCAAAUUAUUCUCAAGAGGAGGAAGUCCAGCUUCUCCCUUCCCCCCCCCCCCCCCAACUAAAUAUUCAACUUCCUACCUCUAUAAAUCAGAGCAGGAAUUCCAGCUUCUCCCGGACACCUCUGUAGAUCAGAGCAGGAAUUCCAGCUUCUUCCGGACACCUAACCAAAUAUCCUGUGUUGCGACAUUCGUUUGACAAGUCGUCUUUUCUACUGGUGUAGACAGCAGAUUCUAAUUGUUUUUUAUCUAACCUAACAAGAUGUGAUAUGGGUGUAUGAUUAGUAUAAACUAUUUGUUUAUCUCGAACUGGUUUACAAAAUGUACAUUUUUGGGAGAAAUGUGAUAUAUAUAUAUAUAUUUUUUGCACAAUUUGUAUAUACAGUGUAAGGUUUGACUGUAUGCUGUUACCAUGG